AGACAUCGGUUACGGUUCAACGAACUGUUAUCAACGCGUAGCAACCACUGUUGUUUACAUUAUGCAAAACGCGGAUUUCACGGGCAUUUGCUUGCUGUCGCUACACAUUUGCAACAACUCCAAGCCCGGAAGUGAACGUUCUGAUUUAGUUUUCGAAGGAUAAAUAAACAGUCUAGUUUUUAGGAUUUUUCAGGGAAAUCAGUGUUUUGCCUUGGUGUGUAUGGUGACAAGUGACACGACUAGUCAAUCUUGCUGUCGUCUCCAAAUAAAGUUCAGAUUUAUUCAACUUGCCAACUCAGACAGACCUUUUCUUUGACUUGAGUUUGAGUUGACUUUAAAUUUAAUUUGACAGCAAUCAUCAUGGCACAAGCAAAGAAACCAGAGAAGGAUCCCAUCAAUAUUGUUCAUCAAAAUGCUAUCCUGUGUGAGACCAUCAAGAAAGAGAAUGAAUGCCAAAGAUUGUACACAAACUACAGUAUCAACCCUUUCAAAAAAAUGUACACACUGACAGGAAAACCCAACUCAUUACAUGACUCAGCAGAUGGAGAAGAAGAUGAUAAUUUCCUCAGGAUAAUCAAGAGAUCUUACCAGGAACCUGGAAAGAAGUUUGAAUUCCCACAAACAGAAGCACAGGAAGUAGGCUGGUACUACAAACCAUUGUUGCCUCAGGACCGUGGGGACAAGAGGAUACACUAUCCGCGGCAGAACUCUGAGAUCACCAAGUACAUGGACGAAGCAUGGAAACAGAAGGAACAGCAAGAGAACCUACAGUGAUGUCGGGAUCAGUGGCAAUAUUCAAUUUUAAAAACUCAUUCAUAGUUUCAUGUGUACAGUAUCUUGCUUCCCACUCUACAUACAUUUGUUCUGUGCUAUUAUUUAAUUUGACAAUAUUUUUAAUUUUCUUUUAAUUUGAAUAAAACAAUCAUCAGUAAUGUGCAUUGGUUUGGGAUGGUGGAAUGUAUUCCAUCCUCUGGUAUGUAUCCUUAAGUCUACUUUGACAUGAACAUAGACUGAUUGUCUAAUUUGUGAUGUCCCUGUUAGGAUCACGGCAGUAUGCAUGCAGCGGGGGACUCUUGCCCUCCAUGAAUUUUCAAAACUUUUUUGGGAAAAUUUUCAGAGGUCCAGCAAAAGGGUCCAAAAGACCCUAGAAAAAUACACUCAGAAUCAGAUGGAUUGCUUUAAUCCUUGAUUGUAACAAUCUUGAAUAUUUCAUAUGUUCUAUGGAUGAUUGAUGACAUUGCGUUCAUGGUCUCAUUCUCACGGUGGUCAGAAAUUUCAGGUGCUAGAAUACAUAUGCUGUGGAGUUCCGGGUUGUACUGGGCUCCUGGCUUCCUGCUGGCAUGUACAUUCCUGAAUAUAGUGUUCAUCUUUAUUUCAUUAUAUAUUCUUGUUGAUUACAAAAGUGUAAGUAGACCCAAAAAAUACUGGUACGACUCAUAUUCUGCUAGGGGUUUGCUACCCAUGGUCCCCACAGAUUCAAACAAAGCCAGAAUACGAGCCAUUGGAAAGGGAAUAGGAAAUAUAUGUUUGUUGCUCAAAUGACUCAGUUAACUAUGCAAUUUGGAAAAACACUUAUUUUUUAGAUAUCAUUAGUUACAAUCACUAGGUUAUUAUUAAAAUGAAAAUAUCUUCAUUUAUUGUGGAACAGUAUUCACUAACAUUAUGCAGAUAGGGAUACUUCUUGUUGCAAGGAGCUACAUGUAUGUUGGUUUUUUGUGUCUUUAAAAUGAAUUAUACUAAUUAUUGGUUUUUGUUUUCUUUAAGAAAUAUUUACAUGUAGAUGACAGGAAAUGGCAAUUGUGUUUUCACAUGCCUUCCAAUGGCAUUGCUAAAUUGUUGAAACAUAGAUCUCGGCAUAGAUAACAAACAUUAUGAUUAAACAGAAAAUAAGAGGUAAUGAAAUGGUCCUAGCUUGGUAAUGUGAAAGUUAAAGUAGCAUUAUCUUGAAGUAUAUUUGAAAAACCGACCAUUGAAAGGGUAUGUUUAUCUUGGCUUAGUCCACCCACUUUCCACAUUGAUGCUGGACUCGGAACUUAUCCUUAUUCUGCACAGAGAGAUGAGAUAAGAUGAAGAUGCAAUAGUUUUCCAUAUGUACAUGUACCUGCUGUGACAUAGAUACAUGUAAUAAAUAAUGUUGACAUGGCAAGUUCAAUGUAGAGCUAAUGAUAAGUGUGCUGCCAUUACCAUCCAGUGUGCAUAUUGACUCACAUUGUGUGCGGAUAUAGAUGUUGAAUAUCCUGGCUUUUUUUCUUCUUUGUUACAUGUAGUUUCAGGAUAUAGUGGAGGCUAAACGCCUCGUAUAAUCUUGUAAUGAAUAGAUCAUGGAGGGAGAUCUGUGAAGACAAGAAGUAUAGGUUUGUAAGCUAGAGGACUAGAACAUAGGAUAUAAUCUCCCUUUAGUGCCAUUAUUAUUUGGACGGAAGGACCAGGAUAUAACCAGGAUAUAAUGAUUAGCCUCCCCUCUUUAUUCUUCUUCCAUGGGCAAUUGAAUGCUUUGAAAAGUUACAGUAUGCAAAUUGAUGUACCAUAUUAAAUAGUAUUAGCUUUCUGUUCAUAGUAUUAUGCAGUACACAUAUUUAAAUUAAGCCCCUUUCACAAUUGGUGGUGCGACUGCUGACAACCGUUGCGAUACAUACAUGGUACAUAAAAUGUUAAAAUGACUGGAUUUGACUCGCUGUACAGCCACCGUAGAGCAAAUGUGACUGAGGUAUUAGUAUUCAUGUAUCAUUAUCAAAAUAGUCAUACACAUUUUAAUGGCAGAUAAGAUCCGUUUGGUAGAUGUAGUAGAUAAAGACUAAAAGAAUGUUGGAAGCAAAUUGCAAUCAAUUGCAAGUCAAUAUUUGGUCCCAAAAUCAAUCAGAAGUAUUGAAAUUGAUUGCAAAUUUGAACUCAAUUGUUGGUCUGCUUUUUGAAACAAGAUGUUCAAAUUGAUUUGCAAUAGCUUAAAUAGAUCUUUCGAUUGCAAAUUUGCAACAGUAACUAGCAACUGAUUACAAAUAUUUUCUUGUAACACGGAAUAAAAUGUCGCCAUCCCGUAAACCCAUAGGGUAAUGCAUAAAUAUUUGUUUGGAAAAGUACAUGAUGCAAAAGUGACAACUAUGCAAGAGAAGAAAAACCUGAAUAUUCAAAAUCAAUGUUCUUUCCAUCUGUAAAUCUGAAGCGACACAGUAUUGAAAAUACCUUCUGGAAAGAUGCAUUAUUUUAAUAUAACUUUUACUUCGGUAUUAAUUAUACGCUAUUACUUUUUAUCAGCACUGUUUUCAAAGAACUUGUAUUCAUCUGUAAAUUUGUAUAUACAAUAUCAUUAUGAAAUAAAAUUAUAAGUUACAUGUAA